AUGCCUACCCAACCUGCCCUCCCACCACCACUCGUACCAUAUCUAUCUUCUCUAUCACCAUCAUCAUUGACGCUAAUUUCAUCUGUUCUCGCAGCAACCGGGAACUGGCUAGUCUUGAGAUACCUCCAUGCAGCAUUGAGUUCUCCUUCCAGUUCAGAUGCCGACCUGAAGAAGAGAAAGGUUGUGCUUGUAAGCUUCCUGCGGGGCUGGGAAUUUUGGAGGACAGAGGCGAAGAGACUGGAAAAAGCGGCAGAACGCCAGAUACAGGAGCUGACAGCGGAAAAGGGCCUUGAUCUCGCUCGCCUUACAGACAAGAGAGAGUUCGCGUUCAUUGAUGGGCUCUCACAGCUUUUCUCUACUCCUGCACCGGAGAGAACAGUCUCAUCUACGUUGCCAGCUUCUGUGCAGUCUGUCAGACUCUCUUCAAGAGCGUCACUUCCCAUUCGACCUCAGCCAGAUGCUAUACCAAGACAAUCAAACCCGAUAGCGAGCAACUUUAACCUCAGCAGGGCAUCAACAGCGUGCAAGCAAUUACAUUUCUCCGGCAGCAAUCUGACAGCCCUUGAUGCAUUGGAAACGGAUGUUGCGUCCGUCAUCGAGUCAUUGCGAAAGCCCUCUAUGAAGGAUGGGGAGCAAGUGGAAGAUGAAACAGAAGUACUCCUAGUCAUUGAUCAGCCAGACCUGUUUCUGGCCGCUACAGGGCCAGGCAAGGGGCUAGGUGCUACAGAAAUGGGAAACUGGGUAAUGGGGCUACGACAGCAUGCCUACGCAACAAUUCUCACACUCUCUGCCGAUUCUCCAUUAAUACAUGCGUCAACAUUUGACCGUCAGAAUGCAACACCGCUGGAGACAGAACAUGCCGCAUUUGCUGUUGGACUAUCCCAUCAGGCUCGAAUUGUGAUGCAGCUUCGAAACCUAGAAACGGGAGCGGCGAGCGACGUCAGUGGCGUGUUAAGGGUGAGUAAAGGAGGUGCGUGGGAAGGCGAUGAAAUCAGUGCGGAGGAAAAUCUGGAGAAGGAAGUGUUAUAUUUUGUACAGAGAGACGGGGGAGUGAGAGUUUUCGGGCGUGGGGAGUAA